AUUUCCCUAGUCGCCAAAUGGAAGAGAUAAAUUACUCACAUGGGCAAGCACACUGUCGUAAGGAGUGGUUUCCAGACCCCAGACUCUGAGCUAAAACACACAGAAGGGAGACUCCGAGACCUCCAGUUGCUUUGGGUCACACUCCCGGUGCCCACUCACCAGGCCCUCAGCUGAUACAUGCAUUUACUUCGGGGGACAUUUGCCCUUCCGUCUCUUUUGCAUAAAACAAGCAUCUUGAGGCCUCUUUUUCUUCCCUCCUAGCAGAGAUGUUAUAAAAGAGAAUUCAUCAACACAGAACACUUCAUAUUUAUGCACAUUUGCUGAAUUGAUAAUUCUUAUUUGUAAUGAAAAUUAAGUAAGCAGAAUGUUAAAAUGUUCUCCAGGGAAGGCGCAUUGAGAUGUCUGGCUACAGACAGACACCAUCACUGUCCUCGCCUCCUCUUUUAGAUCAGUGCAAGUCCAGGUAACUCCUCUCUCUAACCUAGCUAUAGUUAGUUCCAAACCUCGUGGCUACCUACGUACACAGGAUUAAUGACAGUGAUAUCUGUGCGGCGACUACAGCGACCAUCUGUUCCCUUUAUAGGACUACCACCGAGUUGAGCACUGGUCACAGCUUCCAAUACAAUCCCACAGUUUCUGAGUUUUACAUCUUUAUCCAUGUUACCCUUGGUGCGGUUAUACAACCCAAAUAAUUAGGCACCAGAAAUUGUACCGCUCUCCGGCUCAGGAAGUGGCAGAAAUAAACACACGAUACGUUACACUUGGUGAAGUGUACAAGCGCAGCCCCCACUCUCUGGGUGCUUCGGUUGGGAGGAGGGAGGGUUCACUGGCAACCAAAGCUACUGGUGACCUCAUUAUUCAAUAUUUAGUUCAUCAUCCCCUCCACCCCCUCUUAGGAAAGCAGCUUCCCGUUUUUAAAGGGUUGUGGUCACACAGUGACGCAUCUACCUGCUGGAAGACAGCUCAAACACCAGUCUCUAGCAAAGUUUGGGGUCCAAGGCUUUUUUUUUUUUCUGGCUACCAAAGUCUCGGUUCCCAUCUGUGAGUUUUACUUGGACCCCGCGAACCAGGACGUAUGCGCAGCCCAGGCGAUCUGCUGCACACGCAAGGCCCUCUAGUGACCUGAGCUCCCCGUCCCCAAGACCCUCGGCCAAGGGUGGCUCCCGCCCACUCAGGUUUUCCCCUGCCUGGAGCGGUCCAGUUCCAACCGGCUCUUUCUCCCCGCCCUCAGUCUCAGCGGUUUUGGUAGAAGAGGCUGGCCCGAAGCAAAGCUCAGGGAGCUCAGGGAGACCUCCACAUCCCGCUAUCCCUUCCUCAGGGACCGGGCUUUGAGGGGACCUCCAACCCUUGCAGGAGUGAGGACUCGCGGCUAGAGCGACAGGGGCUCUGAAGAGCAGGUGCCCGGCGGGAAGGCCAGGCUGCCCCCGGUUCGGGCGUCCACGCAGGAGGUGCAGAAGGCCGGCUGCUCAGGAGAAGCCGCCUCCCGGUCCGGGUCCCAGCUGGAUGGUCCCGGGUGCGGUUGCCCGGGCUCCAGCUGUCCCCGCCGCAGCAGGGAAGGGGACUGUCUGAAAGAUGCUGCAUCCCCGAGGCCCUACUGCGUCUGGCCGAGCAUUCUCUGUCAAGGUGCUGCGGAUACGUGGGUGAAGAGGAUGUCCUCUCCUCCAAAGCCUCUGGAAGGUCCUGGCCUGGCAGCUGAGUUCUUUUUGGACUUGGGACAGCAACUGUAACUGCAGAGCUCGUGAGAGUGUGGCUUUGCCCAGCUCUUUUCUCACCAGACUGGUUGGGGUUUUGGAAUCUAAAAGAAACUUGUAGGAAGAUAAACUGGAAAGAAAUGAAAAGAAGCCCCUAGAACCGUCUAGAAUCCAUUACCUGUAUCCCCUCUUACUGCUCGCAGCACAGAGGGAGGCUGUGAUCCGAUUAAGCUUUGGACCCACUUAAGCCAAAGCAGCCACAGCUCAGAAAGCAGCGCCUGCACUUGAGCCCACACAGAAGGAUUCAAAGUUGCCGCAUACUUUACUGUGAGAUCCAUGGAGAUACAAGAUAAUGAUUCGGGCUUCUCCUCCUAAUAAUGCCAGAUCUAGAAGAAGCAUGAACCACUUUAAGCAUCUAGGAGGGCUCUUGAAGCACAGGAGUCGGUGGCAAACCCUCCCAGUGCAGGUAAGAACCUUUGCAGCGUCCAGCUGAGCAGGUCGGUGAGCAAGGGCUUGCAGCCCUUCCUGUCCCAGAGAGUUGACAGCAGUGACCUCACCAGGAGCCAAAGCAUCCCUCAGUUGUGAGAUCUGACAGAAUGAGGUGUGCUGGGGAAGCCACUAGCUGGAACUUGGCCUUUCCCAACUGCCCCUGCAUUUUACAGCCAGCCCCAGACCACUGAGGCAGCAAUGGCAGAGAAAGGUGACUGCAUCGCCAGUGUCUACGGGUACGACCUUGGUGGGCGCUUCACUGACUUCCAACCCCUCGGCUUCGGGGUCAACGGGCUGGUGCUGUCGGCUACGGACAGCAGGGCUUGCCGGAAGGUAGCCGUGAAGAAGAUUGUGCUGAGUGACGCACGAAGCAUGAAGCACGCGCUCCGAGAGAUCAAAAUCAUCCGGCGCCUGGACCACGACAACAUCGUCAAAGUGUACGAGGUACUGGGACCCAAGGGUAGCGAUCUGCAGGGCGAGCUCUUUAAGUUCAGCGUGGCUUAUAUUGUCCAAGAGUACAUGGAGACUGACCUGGCAUGCCUGCUAGAGCAGGGCACGCUGACCGAGGAGCACGCUAAGCUAUUCAUGUACCAGCUGCUGCGUGGGCUCAAGUACAUCCACUCUGCCAACGUGUUGCACAGGGACCUGAAGCCCGCCAACAUUUUCAUCAGCACGGAGGACCUCGUGCUGAAGAUCGGGGAUUUCGGGCUGGCCAGAAUCGCGGACCAGCAUUACUCCCACAAGGGUUAUCUGUCGGAAGGGUUGGUGACAAAGUGGUACCGCUCUCCACGACUGCUCCUGUCCCCGAACAACUACACGAAAGCCAUCGAUAUGUGGGCAGCUGGCUGCAUCCUAGCGGAGAUGCUCACGGGGAAAAUGCUCUUUGCUGGGGCUCACGAGCUUGAGCAGAUGCAGCUCAUCCUAGACACCAUCCCUGUAGUGCGGGAGGAAGACAAGGAGGAGCUGCUCAGGGUGAUGCCGUCCUUUGUCAGCAGCACUUGGGAGGUGAAGAGGCCACUGCGUAAGCUACUCCCGGAUGUCAACCGUGAAGCCAUUGACUUUCUGGAGAAGAUCCUGACCUUUAACCCCAUGGACCGCCUAACAGCUGAGAUGGGGCUACAGCAUCCUUACAUGAGCCCGUAUUCGUGCCCCGAGGAUGAGCCCACCUCACAACACCCCUUCCGCAUUGAAGACGAGAUCGACGACCUCGUACUGAUGGCUGCCAGUCAGAGCCAGCUCUCCAACUGGGACAGGUAUCCCGUGAGCCUGUCGUCAGAUCUGGAAUGGCGGCCUGACCGCUGUCAGGACGCGAGCGAGGUGCAGCGCGACCCACGUGCUGGCUCUACUCCGCUGGCGGAGGAUGUUCAGGUGGACCCACGCAAGGACUCACAGAGCAGCUCCGAGCGCUUCCUGGAGCAGUCGCACUCGUCCAUGGAGCGCGCCUUUGAGGCCGACUAUGGACGGUCCUGCGACUACAAAGUGGGGUCUCCGUCCUACCUGGACAAGCUGCUGUGGCGCGACAACAAGCCCCACCACUACUCGGAACCCAAGCUCAUCCUGGACCUGUCGCACUGGAAGCAGGCGGCCAGCGCACCCCCCAGGGCUGCAGUAGCAGCAGACCCAGUGUCACGUGAGGAUGAGCCAGCAAGCCUCUUUCUGGAGAUCGCGCAGUGGGUCAAGAGCACACAAGGUGGCCCUGAGCGUGCCAGUCCUCCCCCUGAUGCCCCAGAGCCCCGUCUCUCUGCUUCACCCCCGGGACACCCAACACCCAUUGAUGGGGGUGCCAGUCCCCAAUUCGACUUAGAUGUGUUCAUCUCGCGUGCCCUAAAGCUCUGCACCAAACCUGAGGACCUACCGGAAAACAAACUGGGCGACCUGAAUGGUGCGUGCAUCUCCGAGCACCCCGGCGACCUCGUGCAAACAGAGGCCUUCUCCAAAGAAAGGUGGUGAGCACAGAAGGGGUGCGUGAGAACUCCCGGAGCAAGACCCCACCCAGAAAGCUGGACCGCUUCCUUGCUUUCCUAGUACUCCUUCAGCCCCUCUCUGCUGCAUUGGGGUUAGCAGAACACACGCGGGUCCGGGGAGCAAGAGGAAUGUCCAUUUCUUAAACUGCCUUAAUAACUAGCCUUUAACCUCUGGGAGCGGGUUUGAGCAGACCCUGGCUGGGAGCUAUCAGUUUCCCAUCAAAGGGAAAGGCCUGUUGAGUGUACAAGGGAAGAAAGGGAUUUCAGACCGAAGUCUACAGCCCUACGAGGAGUCAGAAACAGCUUACAGACAUAGUUUCCAAGCCGUGUGACCCACCUAGUCCCAAAUUGACAUUUGGGCCCAGUGAAGCCAUUAGGACCACAAGCCUGGUGGUGUCAGGAUAAAGCCUGUGUCCCAAGCUCCUAUCCCUGGACCAGUGUCUGACCACAGUAUAAUGUCUUCCUCUGCUGGGGCCACUCUGACUUUUUGGUCAGAAAACGGUCCCGAGUGCUUCUCGCUUUCCCUUACUGUCUGUCCCAUCCUUCCCUUUAAUUUAGACCUGUGGCUCCUGUUUUCCGAAACCGGAAACAGAACCGGUUUCUUUUUCCUAGUCGCCAGACAUAUUUCUACGACUCCCCAAGUGCUUAAAUGUCCUCACCUGCCACCUCCCUGUAUUAACCCAACCCAGCUCAGUCUGAAGUUACUCCUUCCUAGCAGAACAGUUUGGGGGCUGCUUAAACUUAGUCAUCUCCCAGGCCUGUGCCUACAGCCUCCUCCUGCACGCCCUAUGCACUUUCCUGACUCAACACAGCCAUUGUUCUCCAGUGGAGAUCCUACAGGGAUGAGUUUAAAGACGGAAAUUGCGAGAAUCCCUCUUGUCUAAUCCCCAGCAUCCCACCCACCCCACCCACACACACACAGCUCCUCUCCAAGACGAUUUCAGGACCAAAUGUUCUUGGCACAAAUGGCUCAUUUGUAGGAGAAGCAAUAAGGUGCUUUCCAUAAAAACAAAUGAGUUAGGAGGGAAGACUCCGCAGAACACCCAUCAUCCUUCAUUAAUGUCGCCCAGGAUCAUUUUAGUCCUAGCCAGGAGUAGACCCUAAAGGGAUGGCCUGAGAGAUAGCAACCUUCGGGCAAGAGACCCAGAAAGAUAAACCAGGAGUUUAAAGAAAGGUCCUAACCUCGGGUGUCCUCAAGAGCCAGCUAUCAAGGUGGAGAACCCGAGGCAAAGAAAGGGAUUCAAAGUAAUCGCAUCCUGGUGGCUCAGGUUAAGAGAAACUUGGAAUCAGUUCCAAGCCUCUGCAGGAAAAGCAUGGGGCAGGGGGUUGAGGGGAAUACCAACAGUCCCUGGUCUGUUCCUGAACACUCCGCCACUGGUAUCUAUCCUCCCCUCCCCCUGCCGACAUCCCAAAGAUACCCACGAGAGGUCCAGCUGCUCUGUUGAGAGAUCUCCUUGGGCUGUGUUCAUUCUCACGACGCAGCACCUUAAAUCUCGCUGACUGUGGUUUGUACAUUGAAACGUACAGUGCAUCAGAAACAUAUAUUUUAAAACAAUCAUGCUGACCGGGUUUUUAAGUGGAAAGUAUGUAAAUAUAAAGGGUUUAGGUUUUAUUCCUUUUUUUUUUCUUUAAGAAAAAAAUGCAAUGCACACCACCCCUUAUGUGCCAUUUGUCGUCGGGGGGAAGCUUUACUUUUUGAGUAAAGGGACAUGCUGCUGACUGACCGCUAGCUCACGGAGAAUUGUGAUAAUUAGUCAUGUUCUUAAAAGAAUCUGUUAAAUAUUAUUAAACUUGAUCAGGAUGAGCCAAAUAAAGUUUUAUUGGAACAUAGA